AACAAGGAUUAAGAGGUCAACCCGAAUAGAGAUAUGAUAUUGGAACCCCCUGCGGGGGAGCGGACGCAAGCUGUUCCUUAAAACCAAUUUAAUCGCUGUGACUCCGCAACGACAGAUCGGGACGCUCUCUACUACUGCCUUCUUCUUUCCCUCUCUCUUCCCCUGCAUUUGCCCGUAUUCUAUUCCUUCGAGCUCCCCCGACCGGAGAAGCCAUCAAUUACGGAUAUAACAGCUUUCUUAGCCCUUUAACCAUCUUCCCCUGCAACUCCAUUCACCGGAAGUUACGGUUAUCCUUGUGGGUCAGGGAACAUUCAAGACACAGGCCAAAGUUAUUAACCCGCUUCACUUUCCUUCAUACAAGGCAGUUCGACAUGCAGACCCCCAAGACAAGAAGCGGAUCCUCUGAAGUGCCUCAAAAGGUCUCUCCUCGCGCUGUUCGCCAACUCAGGCCUAGUCCUCUAGAGAGUAACUCUGCUUCUUCGUUCAGUCAAGCCAAUAGAGCUUCAAAAGAAAGAAGCCCCAAAGUUGCUGAACGCAGAUCACCCAGAAGCCCAGUUCCGGAGAGGAAGCGCCCUAGCCGAAUCUCUGAAUUGGAAUCUCAGGUUGCUCAACUUCAGGAUGAUUUAGAGAAAGCGAGGAAUCAGCUCUGUUCAUCAGAGUCAUGCAAGAGGCAAGCCCAGCAAGAAGCUGAGGAAUCCAAGGAAAAACUCGUGUACCUGUCAGAAAAACUCACAGAUUCUCAAAAGCAGCUUGAGGAACUCUCUGCCUCUAAAGAUGCUCAUGUAAUUGAGCCUCAGGAAAAACCAGAAGAACAUGACGAAGCAUGGCAAGAUGAGGUUAAGGCUGCCAUGACUGAAAUUCAGCAGCUCAAGGCCCAACUUGAGUUGAUUACUGCUUGUGAGAAUGCGCAAAACCAGCAUACCGAACCAGCCAAUUCAGAACUACUGAAUCUGAAAGAAAGCUUGGCAAAAACCCUUUCUUUUAUAGAGAACAUGAAGAACCAGCUUAGAGAAUGCAAGGAAUCUGAAGCUCAAGCCCAAGCUUUGGUCAAUGAAACCCUGCAUCAACUUGAGGCUGCAAAAAGAACUGUAGAGUUGUUAAGGGCUGAUUCUGCACGAGUUUUAGAAGGCUACAACUCCAUUGCUUUAGAGUUAGACCAGUCUAGAGCAAGAGCGAAUUCACUUGAAGCACUUGUAAGCAAGCUUGAAAAUUUGAAGGUAGAUGAUCCAAAUCAGAUCGAAGGGGAUAUAUAUUCUCUGAAGUCUGAGAUAAGAGAGCUGAGAUCUGCACUAGAAAUUACUGAGACCAAGUACCAAGAAGAACAGAUUCGGAAUACAGUGGAGGUUGGAAAUGCCUAUGAGUUGAUGGAGCAAAUAAGGUCAGAAUCAACCCACAAUCAAACUGAGCUUGAGGAUGAACUGAAUAAAAGAAAAGCUGAGAUUGAAGAGUUGAAGGCAAACCUGAUGGACAAGGAAACAGAAUUGCAAGGUAUAGUUGAAGAGAAUGAGAAUUUGAACUUGAAGCUUGAGAAGAGCCUAUCAGCCCACAGAGAAAACGAGCUCAAAAAGGAUGUUAAACGAUUAGAGGAAUGUGUGGCCGAACUGAAGGCUGAUUUAAUGGACAAGGAGACAACAUUACAAAGCAUAUCAGAAGAGAAUGAGACGCUGAAGAUAGAAAUCAAGAAGAGGUUCAGUGAUGGUGGGAGAGUGAAAGAGGAUGUGGAGGCAGCAAAGGAAGCAGAAAGAGAGGCUCUUUUGAAACUAGGGAUUGCGAUGGAAGAAGCAGAUAGUAGCAAGAGAAAGGCAGAGAGGGUGGGAGAGCAAUUAGAAGCAGCGCAAGUAGCAAACUCGGAAAUGGAAGCUGAAUUGAGAAGAUUGAAGGUCCAGUCUGAUCAGUGGAGAAAGGCAGCAGAAGCAGCUGCUGCUAUGCUCUCAGCAGGAGGAGGAAACAAAAACAAUGGGAAGCUUGCAGAGAGAAGUGUGUCUAUGGACGGCAACUAUGACAAUAACCCUCUUAUGGGCAAAUGUUCAUCUUUUGUUGAAGAUAUUGAUGAGGAUUUUCAGCAAAAGAAAAAUGGCAACAUGUUGAAGAAGAUUGGGGUCUUGUGGAAGAAGCCUCAGAAAUAGUCAUUGUCAAUGUUAUUACUACUACGGUACUAUACGGUUACUGUGGUGUUUAUGUUUUGCUCUGUAAAUUAUGCGUCUGCAUCUAUAUUUCUGAACUUAUUUUGGAAGCUUGCGAUUUCUUGUUUAAUGCAUUAGGUUCUACAUGACA